GGGCGGGAGGCGCGGCCGUUACCUUCUUCACCUCCUCGCGCUGCGCCGCCGGCGCUGGGGUCGCGGGGGAGAAGCGAGGCCGGAGAGGCAGGGCGGGUGCUGAGGCUGUUUAAUAAAAGAAGAACAUAGCUCAGCUGCUGUUUCAACAGGAUGGGUUCUAUCGUGUGGGAAUGUGGUUAAUCAACUUGACACAUUAACCUAAUACAGCCUUCAUAAUGUGAAAAGGAAAGACAAGAUGUCCCAUGUGUCUCAAGUGUUCUGUCAAACUGAGUGAAUAAGACUCUGACAGCACAAAUAGAAUUUCAGUUUUUGAAGAAUCUUAACAAACAAGCAGCAAAAAUACUGGCAUUAAAGCCAGACCUUCAGUACAUGUAUAUCUGAAAAUCUACAUUGAAUAAUCUGACAGGCCUCAGUGUCUGUCGCCCAUUCACAUGUGAAAGGAUGGCUACUUGCUUGAUGUUCUGCUGUCUUUUGUUCUUGGAAGUUUUGGUGGGGCAUACAAGUGGACACAGUUUAUUUUCUUGUGAGCCCAUCAUCUUGAGAAUGUGCCAAGACCUGCCUUACAAUACCACCUUUAUGCCUAAUCUUCUGAAUCAUUAUGACCAGCAAACUGCAGCAUUAGCAAUGGAGCCAUUUCAUCCUAUGGUCAAUCUGGAAUGCUCCAGGGAUUUUCGACCAUUUCUAUGUGCCCUUUAUGCUCCAGUCUGUAUGGAGUAUGGACGUGUCACUCUCCCAUGUCGCAAGCUUUGUCAACGUGCAUACAGCGAAUGUUCCAAACUCAUGGAGAUGUUUGGCGUCUCUUGGCCAGAGGAUAUGGAAUGCAGCAGAUUCCCGGAUUGUGAUGAGCCUUACCCUCGUCUCGUAGACCUCAGUUUAGCUGGAGAGCCCACAGAAGAGGCCCCAAUGGCAGUGCAGAGAGACUAUGGCUUUUGGUGUCCCAGGGAGUUGAAAAUAGACCCUGAUCUGGGUUAUUCUUUCCUGAGGGUACGAGACUGUUCCCCUCCUUGUCCAAAUAUGUACUUUAGGCGUGAAGAGCUCUCCUUUGCCCGAUAUUUCAUCGGAGUGAUUUCCAUCGUCUGCCUUUCUGCUACCUUGUUUACUUUUUUAACUUUUCUGAUUGAUGUCACAAGAUUCCGCUAUCCAGAAAGACCCAUUAUAUUUUAUGCUGUCUGUUACAUGAUGGUGUCAUUAAUUUUCUUCAUUGGCUUUUUGCUUGAGGACCGAGUAGCAUGCAAUGCAUCUAGCCCUGCACAGUACAAGGCUUCCACAGUGACACAGGGCUCUCAUAACAAAGCUUGCACCAUGCUUUUCAUGGUGCUGUAUUUCUUUACCAUGGCUGGCAGUGUUUGGUGGGUCAUUCUUACCAUCACAUGGUUCUUGGCAGCUGUGCCAAAGUGGGGCAGUGAAGCAAUUGAGAAGAAAGCAUUGCUCUUCCAUGCAAGUGCAUGGGGCAUUCCAGGAACUCUAACCAUCAUCCUUUUAGCAAUGAAUAAAAUUGAAGGUGACAAUAUUAGUGGCGUGUGUUUUGUUGGCCUCUAUGAUGUGGAUGCAUUACGAUAUUUUGUUCUUGCCCCGCUCUGCCUGUAUGUUGUGGUUGGAGUUUCUCUGCUGCUAGCUGGCAUUAUCUCCCUCAAUCGGGUUCGCAUUGAAAUCCCAUUAGAAAAAGAGAACCAGGACAAGCUGGUGAAGUUCAUGAUCCGGAUUGGCGUUUUCAGUGUUCUGUACCUCGUUCCACUCUUGGUUGUAAUUGGCUGCUAUUUCUAUGAGCAGGCUUUCCGAGGUGUGUGGGAGACAACAUGGAUACAAGAACGCUGCAGAGAAUAUCACAUCCCAUGCCCAUAUCAGAUCUCUCAGAUGAGCCGCCCAGACCUGAUUCUAUUUCUGAUGAAGUAUCUUAUGGCUCUAGUGGUUGGGAUCCCUUCUGUCUUUUGGGUUGGAAGUAAAAAGACCUGCUUUGAAUGGGCCAGCUUUUUUCAUGGACGCAGGAAAAAAGAAGCUGUAAAUGAGAGCCGCCAGGUGCUGCAGGAGCCCGAUUUUGCUCAGUCACUUCUGAGGGAUCCUAAUACCCCCAUUAUCCGAAAGUCAAGGGGCACUUCCACUCAGGGGACUUCCACUCAUGCCUCAUCUACUCAUCUGGCUAUGAUGGAUGACCAGAGGAGCAAAGCAGGCAGUGUUCACAGCAAAGUAAGCAGCUACCAUGGCAGCCUGCAUAGGUCCCGUGAUGGCAGGUACACCCCCUGCAGCUACAGAGGCAUUGAAGACAGACUACCUCAUGGCAGCAUGUCACGACUGACUGAUCACUCCAGGCAUAGCAGUUCACAUCGGCUCAAUGAACAGUCACGUCAUAGCAGCAUCAGGGAUCUCAGCAACAACCCAAUGACCCACAUUACACAUGGUACCAGCAUGAACCGGGUUAUUGAAGAGGAUGGAACCAGUGCUUGAUUUGCUUUCAACAUAAAGGAGAACCUCCUGUGACAGUGUUACUUGGAGUCCAUUUCUCAGUGAUGCGAUAAUACUCAGUAUUAUUGUGCUUCCCAUUGGUGCUGAUUUUUUGUAUCAGGAAGCUGAAGUUUGGCUUUGCCUUUUUAAAGCCAGCUGUCAUUGUGCUCACAUCAGUGCUGGGAUGCUCCAGUGAUCAGCAAUCUGGAAAUUAACAAAAGUAAAAGCUAGUGAUAGCUUCAUUUUGAACCUACCAGUAGAUAAUUAUUAAUUUAUUUGAUAACUUGUUAUUUUCCCAUCAUAUAUCAUAGCUGGAUUUCUUAUUAACAAAAAAUCCCUAAAUACUUUGAAUUUCAGUAAUUGUUACCUUUGAAGACUCACUGGCGAGGUCAUGUUAAGAGUUCCGAUAAGCAGAAGGAAACUCUUGAAUAUUUGAAGUUCUUCCAUGAAACCCUUUUGUCUCUGAUUAGAUAAUAAAGUGAUACUUGUCAUCAAGCACAGAGGGAGAGCUGCAUAUUAACUACUGUACAAAGGGCAUCUGUGAGAAAUCAGCAGGCAUUUUUAAACAGUUAUGCUGGAAAUAAAACAAAAGAAUGAGCAUUCCGUAGGAAGAAAGGAAACUCCAGUGAAGAUAGUCAGUUCUUACAGAAUUGUUCAGGCUCUAUUGUUGGGGUGGGGGCAGGGAAGGCAUGAUUUUUUUUAAAUUGGUAUUGUCCUUGCCUUUUUACUAAAUACUAUUUAAAUUUUCUACUUGUUUACAAUUUUUCUGUGGGGAGAGGUGGAAAACUCAAUUUGAAGCCAGUUACUUAGAUAAUCAGCUAUCCAUUUUUUAAAUUAAUGUACAAAAACUGAGACAGCCUGUUCCUGACCCCUCAAACUCAUGAUAGGGGAACCUGGAUUUUCCAUUUAAACUAGAAUGUUCGACCUCUCUCCUUAUGUACCUAUAAGAACAAAUCCUGAUCCCAGCCCCUGCAGCUUGGGUUUGGAGGGGUGGGUGAAAUGGAUGCAGGGAGUUUAUGUGGGGAACCCACAAGAGACCACAGAAAUGUGCUCUGUGAAGGCUCCCUUUAUACUGAGUAUGUUAUGGAGUGGGAGGUUUAGAGGUGUGGGGGGGGGGGAGUAUCGAGGAAGGAGUGCAGCAGUGGAGCCAUGGGUGCAAAGAUCCACCAGCCAGAUUACACAGCUGUGGAAAGGAGGUGAAGGGGUGGUCAGGGUCAGUAACUGCUGCCACUCUGUAGACUUGGAGGUGGAGCAGGUUUUCACAUUCCCCCUCUGUAGGCCCCCAACCCAUUUAGGUGGGGUGUGCACUGGAGAGAGUAUUUGGCUUAUAUUAUGGCUCUCUUCUAUCCAGCUCUCUACUAUCAUUCGGAACAGAGAAUUCUCUGAUUUUUGUGGAAACAGGAAUAAUUUUGCUCCUCUUUUGCCUUUAGGGUAUACCACGUCUUUGUGGACAUUGUAGGCAAAGUCAAGUCAUGUUUUUAAUGGUACAGUAGAUCUGAAGCAGCUAUUGUAAGGGUAUGUCUACACUAGCUGCCAGAUCGGCAGGCAGUGAUCAAUC